GUGCCCCUGAGGAGGACGGCAGUCAUGGCGGAGUUCGGUUCGGGCGGUCUGCUCGCGGCUCUGCUGCUCUUCACAGCCCUCACCUUACGGGAUGUUUAUGUGGGCCGGUCGGACCACAGAACCGGCGCCUUUCUAGAAACCGAACCGGAGAGCGGGAAACCCCCAAAAGCGGCGCUGUACUCCGGCCCAGUGCUCCAGUUCCGCUACUGCAUCUCCUGAGGCUACAGUAAAGUCUUCCAGGAAUACUCCCAGGCCAUCAGCCAGGUGUAUCCAGACAUCCGCAUCCAGGGGGAGAACUACCCUCCCACCCCGCUCAACAGGUUCAUCGGUAACCUGGUCUCGUAUCUGAAGCUUGUCUCCAUCCUCCUCAUCAUCAGCGGUCAGAACCCUUUCCCGCUCCUCGGUACCGACACGCCUGCGGUUUGGACCUGGACUCAGAACAACAAGAUCUUCUCGUGUCUGAUGGCCUUCUUCAUCAGUAACAUGAUGGAGACUCACUUCCUGUCUACGGGAGCCUUCGAGGUCACGCUGAACGACGUUCCCGUCUGGUCCAAGCUGCAGUCAGGUUACGUUCCAAACAUCCAGGAAAUGUUCCGGAUCCUCGACACGCACCUGAAGAUGAACCAGGCCGACCGCGUCGCCUUCGCCUCCGCUUAGAGCUGCACCACCUUCUCCUGAAUCAUCUGACCUCUGACCUGUCUCCCAGCCGUGCUGCAUUCAGGCUCAGUGGGAAAUUCAGCUGUUGGCGUUCAUGAAGGCGCGGCCUUAAAGCGGAUCUGCCGGGCUGCGCCGGAUGUCUCUGCCUCCAUACUGAUUCCCAUGAUGCAGUGGGCCAUCAGCUGGCGUGGACGACGGUCACAUGACUCUCACUCUCUGUUGUCAUUUGUUACAUUCUUGGUUUAUGAAUCCAAUUGGCCCGGUUCUGGCACCGUCGGAUCAGUUUAUUUUGUUUUAUUUAAAGUUUGGGCUUUUAUUGUGAAAACAGGAAGCUGGUCACAUCAACCUUAAUGUUCAGCUGAUGGAUUGUCUCCAGCUCAAAUAAAAAGUCUUAAAGGAAAAUUUCUUCUUCUGUGUUCUGCUUGGCGGAUGUCAGUUUGUCACCAUGACGACAGAUCAAUUAAUCCAGACCUGUCAAUGAUGCGUUUGAAGACCAAUGUAAAACCACGUAAAACUGAGACCAAUUGGCCAAAUCUUUCAGUUCAAAACCAAAAGGAAGACGAUAUUAUGAUGAGUUAAAUGUGGAUAAUUAAAGUUUUAUUUCCAAAAUUGAAGAUAAACAUUUGAGAGUAGAAAAUUUGCUUGAUAUAAUUUGAUUAAUUGUUUUUCUGCCUGCAUUCAUUUUCUCUCCAUGCAAAACUGGAAAUGAAGCAUCAUUUAUGAAUUCAUUUUAUUUCUAAUAAUCACAUGUUUAUCACAUUUUUUGCUAAAUUUCCUUCUAAUAUGACAAUUUCAGAAUAAAUGAUUCUGGAAGGAUUUGAAAAAACUUACAGUUGGGUUUUGUUGUUUGAAGAUAUUGGUCUUGUGUGAAUCAGUUUAACGAAGUGUGUGUCAUGUUCAAUAGAAGUUCCUGAUGAAACGGCUCGUUUUGUUUUUCUUCCUCUUCUAAAGGUCUUCCCUUCAUCAUCAACGUCAUUUCUAGCGUUCCAGUCUGUUAGUUACAGAAUCAAAUCUAAUGUGAAACCAGGAUUGACAGGAAGCUGUGGCCUCGAGUCAAACUGUAAAAACAAGUUUUCCAUCCUGCAGGGGGCGCUGUGAGGCCUCCACGACUUCCGCUGCAACAGAACAAGAGAGGAAGCUGCCGUUGGCGUCAGAAUCAGCGAGUCUGAGUCCGAGUUUUUGUCUUCUCCAGGUCGGAACCAAAGUGAUCCGGACUGCUGUGAUCCAUUCUGAGAAGGUUCUGGCUCCAGGUGUUAGUGGAACACCUGGAGGAGCUGCUGCUG